AUGGAGAAACAAGCGUCUUUGUUUGAUACCAACUACAACGUACAUCCACUCCACGAAAGCCAUCACCCAUUGCGUCGACCUUCACCAUCAUCAUCCGAAAGCUGUAGCUUGUCAUCCACACCAGGACCUACCAACCAGGACGAGGCUGGCCUCUGUUCUGUAUUUGACAAGCUCAAAGUGGAUGAUUUUGGAGAACGAAGAAACUCAUCACCAGGCCCCAAACAUAAUGAUUUGGUCAACAAGGCAGUGCAUCGAUCAAUGAGCGUAGACGUGGGAGUUCCUAGACAUACAACAGCAACAUCAGGCAGCUUACUUGCCAAGAACCAUCUUUUAUUUGAUGGUGGAGGUGGAGAUAGUGCAAGAGAUAUGCAUCCUUUCUCUCCUCAAAUGCCACCACGCAAUGAUGCUGCUUAUCUCCGCAACAGCAGCAGAUACACUGAUUCAAAUGAAAAACUUCCUUCCAUUGUGGGUCAAGGAUUGUUUCCUUCGCCCUCUCCUCUUGAUCUCAGCUCUUCUUUGCGACGUCAUUCAGCAGCACGACAAAACCGUAGUGUGGAGUCAUUGAGAACAUGGGCACAGUAUCUCGAGAAUGAAGUACCUACACCAGCAGCUUUUUAUGGAGGAGGACAACAACAACAGCAACAACCACCAAGACGUUUUUCAUAUGGAUGUUGGCCACCCGCCACCAAUGCACAGGCCGCUGCAGCUGCAGCUGCAGCCGCCGCUGCCGCUGAAGGAGGUGGUAAUGGUAAUGGUGCCUACUUACCUGCAGCAGCUGUACCGCCCAAUAUGAAAUACAAAAACAGUCGUUUGACCACCUCACAUUCGUAUUCGGAUUUACAUGGUGCCGCCUUGAGAGCUGCUAUGGCUGCUCAACAACAACAGCAACAACAACAUCACCACCCAGUUGAUCUAAUGUUGGACAUGGAUGCCUAUGACAUGCCGACUUCUUUGGAUAUGCCAAUGUAUCCUUAUCACCAAUAUUCCAUGUUGCACAAUUUAGCUGGUGCCGGUGGUGCUAAUGGUGGUGCACAUCCAUUAUCAAAGCGUCCAUCGCAUCAUGAUCUUGCAGCUGCAGCUGCUCAACAUUCACCUUCAUCUUCAAGACCAGCAAGUCGUCGAGGCACAUGUACACCAGACCAUGCAUCAGCUACAGCAGCCAUGGCAGCCUUGAACAAUUCAGCCAUGAAUGAAUCCACCAACCGUUUUGCAGGUGCCAAGCUUGAAGACUUUGUGGGUAAAAUGUACGAUUUAUGCAAGGAUCAAAAUGGAUGCCGCUUUUUGCAAAAGAAGCUUGAGGAGCCUGAUAAUACACGCCAUUUGUGCAUGAUCUUUGAUGAAGUCCAACCCCAUUUUCGUGAAUUGAUGGUGGAGCCUUUUGGCAACUAUCUUUGUCAAAAGCUCAUUGAACAUUGCAAUGAUGCCCAACGGGAUCUUCUUGUCGAGACCGUGGCUCCCGAAUUGCUAAAGAUUUCUCUCAACAUGCAUGGCACACGUGCUGUUCAACGCCUCAUUGAAUUCUUGUCCACACCUCAACAGAUCCAAGCAGUGAUUCAAGCGCUUGAUCCAAACGUGGUCACUUUGAUCAAGGAUUUGAAUGGCAACCAUGUUAUCCAAAAAUGUCUUCAUCGCUUGUCGGCUGAGCACAAGCAAUUUGUAUACGAUGCUGUGAGUGAGAACUGUAUCCAAGUAGCAACCCAUCGUCAUGGUUGCUGUGUGUUACAACGUUGCAUUGAUUAUGCAUCGGAUGAUCAAAAGAACCAACUUGUCAAAGUAAUUACAUGGCAUGCGUUGCCUUUGGUGCAAGAUCCAUUCGGCAACUAUGUUGUUCAAUACGUGCUUGAUCUUGGAGAUAUCCAUUACACUGAUACCCUUAUUCGCUGUUUCUUGGAAAAUGUAUGCGAUCUCAGCGUUCAAAAGUUCAGCUCCAAUGUGAUUGAAAAAUGCAUUCGUGUGGCCGAACCAGAAACACGUCGCUUGCUAGUAGCCGAGUUGAUGAGUGAAUCGAAUGUUGAAAAGUUGAUCCGAGACUCGUUCGCCAACUAUGUCAUUCAAACAUGCCUUGAAUAUGCUGACCAAGAUCAACGUCUACAGUUGGUGGAAUUGAUUCGCCCUCUACUCCCUUCCAUUCGAAGCACACCUUAUGGCAAGCGUAUCCAUAGCAAAAUCCAACGUGAACAACAACAGCAUCAACCACAACGUCGCAUCCGACAGCAUCAGAGCUUGGGAUCUCUUCGUUUUAAUGCAAGCAGUAACACUGGACCAGGGAAUAGCCCAUUGUAUCAGGGACCUACCACACCAACAACCAUCCCUACAGACGCACCUUUUGGAUUGCCAUUGAUUGGCAAUAAUGAUCCGCUCUAUCCAUAUCCUUAA